CUUUCAUUUUAUUCAAACACUCUAUCUUGAAUUCUUUCAGGGUUUUCCAUUUGGAAGAUGCUACUUCGCAGCUCAUCAAAUCCAGCCCUUAAUUCAUGGUUUCUACAUGAAACCCACAAAGAAUCAUCACCAUUCGAUCCGUUAUCCAUCCGCCGCAACCCCAAAUCACCAACAAUCACACUUUGCUCCAUGAACUCACCCAAGAAACUCAUCAGAGCUUCAUCCGAAACCGAUCUGAUCAUGAACUCUCUCUCCCCACUUACCAAAACCACCGGUUCUUUGAUCGCGUCUAUCGCUGUUGAAGAAGACACUGAAGGAGAGGAGAGUGAUCAUGAGUUUUUGAUGUUUUCGUCUUCAGGUUUGUAUGAUAACGGGCAUCGUGGGUUUGAGGUUAUGGUGGAUGGGACGGGUGGUGGCGGUGGAGGCGGUGAAGGGAAGAUAUAUGGUGGCGAUGGGCUCGGGAAUGAUCAUGAGGAUGAUAGUACGGAUUUGUAUUAUCAGAAUAUGAUUGAAGCAAACCCUGGGAAUGCAAUGCUUCUUAGCAAUUAUGCUAAGUAUUUGAAAGAGGUUAGAGGCGAUUUCCCCAAGGCUGAAGAGUACUGCAGCAGAGCAAUACUGGCGAAUCCGAACGAUGGAAAUGUUUUGUCAAUGUAUGCCGAUUUGAUUUGGGAGACACAAAAGGACGCCCCUCGCGCGCAAAACUAUUUUGAUCAAGCCGUUCAAGCGUCGCCAGAUGACUGUUAUGUUAUAGCUUCUUAUGCUCGGUUUCUUUGGGACGCUGACGACGAAGAAGAGGAAGAAGAGGAUGAAGUUGUUAAACAAGAUAUUUGUGAUAUGAAUGUAUUGACACCAAGUUUCUUAACAGGAACUUCACAGUUACCUCCAAUUGCUGCAGCUUCUUAAAGAUGAAUACUCUAUUGUAUAUUGACAGAGAUAAUAUAUAGUAACUUUCUAACCCCACCUUUGUUUGUUGUUGUUUUUUAUUUGUUUUUUUGCUCUUUUAACAAGCCAUGUGAUAUUGUCACUUGUCAUAUCAAGGGUUUGUUGGUUAUUGUAGAUAUAUUUCUAAUUUCUAUACAUGUUGUUUUUGUAAUUAAUAUGUUACAAAGGUAAUAAAAUGAUAUUAUGACUUCUUGUAUACU